AUGAGUAAACCAAAUGAGGAAGGAUACAAGGAAAAAUACUACAUAGUAGCGAAUUGGGAACCAUUCGACAAAUACGAAUAUUACUUUAUUGCCUAUUUAAUUCAGCUGGCUUUUACCAUUUGUGCUGAAAUGUAUACUAUCUUCUGCGGUACAUUUUUCUUAUUUAUUAUUGAGAAUGUCGUUGGUAGAAUAUUUGUACUGCAAUACAAGUUUAGCAAAUGUUUUGAUACCGCUCGAGUUUUAUGUGAAAACCAUAGAUUGUCCUUUAAAGAUGCCUCCAAUAUCGUGGUAAAGGGAUGCAUACGGGAGCAUCAACAAAUUAUAUGGUUUAUGAACAACAUGGAUAAUACCUUUAGAAGAUACAUUUUUGUUGAUUUUCUAUGUACAUCUUUUGGUUUGUCUGUUGUCGUUCUACAAUUUUUAUUGGGAAGCCACGGUUUGAUCAAAGCAAUUUUUUGCAGUAGCUGGUACAAAUUAGAUGUUAGUGCCCAAAAACUGUUAAUAUUCGUCAUUUUCAGAGCUCAAAAACCUUUAACUCUAUCGAUAGGUCCAUUCAGAAAAGUGGGGGUCGAGUCAAUGAUUGCUGUAAGUGAGUUCUGUUACGUAUGA